CAAUUCCCCAUCGUCUUCCAUUCCUUCUUCUGCUUCUCCAAUUCCCCAUCGUCUUCCAUUCCUUGUUCUUCUAUAAUAACCAAAAGAAUUCAGUUCCUAGAAGAUCCAAGUAAAAUGCGGAUUAAAUCCUUCUCUUUGGCUCUGCUGAUAAGCUUGGUUCUCGCCGGUGCGGCAGACAGCAUCACGUUCGAUCAGAAGGAUCUGGAAAGCGAAGAGAGCUUGUGGGGUCUGUACGAGAGGUGGAGGAGCCACCACAGCGUUUCCAGGGACGUCGACGAGCUGCUGACGAGAUUCAAUGUCUUCAAGCACAACGUUAAGUUCAUUCAUGAGUUCAACAAGAAGGGCAGCUCCUACAAACUGAAGCUCAACGACUUCGGCGACCUGACGAACCAGGAGUUCCGGUCGCUCUACGCCAACUCCAAGAUCAAUCACCACAGGCUGCUGCAGGGAAGUCAGCGUCCCUCGGCUGCGGCCUUGCAGCGCGACGCGGGGGAUGAUCCUCCUCCGGCCAUCGACUGGAGGGCCCUCGGCGCUGUUACGGAAGUCAAGAACCAGGGGAAAUGCGGUAGCUGUUGGGCAUUUUCUACAGUCGUUGCAAUCGAAGGCAUAACACAGAUCAAGACCAAAAAAUUGGUUUCCGUAUCAGAGCAGGAGUUGGUUGAUUGUGACACCGGCAAUGGUGGCUGCAACGGUGGUUUGAUGGAAAAGGCUUUCGAGUUUGUGGAAAAGAAUGGAGGAUUGGCUCUCGAAAAGAAGUACCCCUACACAGAGAAACAAGGCAAAUGCAAUGUCUCCAAGCUGAAAAUCAAUGACGUAACCAUCGACGGCCAUGUCUCCGUCCCUGAGAAAAAUGAGAGUGCUCUAAUGCAAGCGGUCGCCAAGCAACCUGUUUCUGUUGCUAUUGAAGCCAGCGGUACUGCUUUCCAAUUCUACAGUGAGGGAGUGUUCACUGGACCAUGUGGAACAGAGCUCGACCAUGGAGUCGCCAUUGUUGGAUACGGAACUGAAGCCGAUGGAACCAAGUAUUGGAUAGUGAAGAACUCGUGGGGAUCCGGGUGGGGUGAGAACGGAUACAUCAAGAUGGCCCGUGAGAUAUCAGAACCUGAUGGGCUCUGUGGCAUCGCUACGUAUGCAGUAUACCCCACUAAAUCUUCUGCAACUCAAUGGGUUGAUGAUGAACUGUAGAAGAGGAUGCACUGCAACCAUGAAACGCCAAACUGCAACUCUUUUGAUCAUGGAAUAUUAGGUUAAUUAGGAGAUUGGAAUCCUUCCGCCAUCCAUCCUUUACGUCCAUGGACUUGUUAUGAGUGUUGGUCCAAAAAUAAUCAGAGUGGGGAUUGGAUCGUAGUCAGACUUUGUGCAUGUAGGGGAUCUAGAUGUAUAGCGUUUCAGGAAAAAAUGUCCUAUUUUUCUUUGCUUUUUUUUUUCCUAUGCUUGCUUGUGAAAGUGUGAUGCUUUAAAUUUGAUCGAUAAUAAUGUUUUGAGCUACGAAAGUGUUU